GCAGUUACUGAAAGACCCCCAGGUGUUGUUUGCAGGGUACAAGGUCCCGCACCCGCUGGAACACAAAAUCAUCAUCCGUGUCCAAACCACCCCCGAUUACAGCCCCCAGGAAGCUUUCACCAAUGCUAUCACGGAUUUGAUCAGUGAGCUCUCCCUCCUGGAGGAGAGGUUCAGGGUUGCUAUUAAAGACAAACAAGAAGGAAUCGAGUAA